ACCAAUAGGAAGGUGAGUAGUAGCGGCUCUUUAAAGAGUCGACUAAUAGGAAUUAGCGGAGGGCGGGGCGAAGCGUUUGGGCGUCGAAGCGAUGUUCGGUUGUGGAUCCGUAACCAGCAGAAGGUGACGAGUUUUGAAAUAAAUAAUAAAAAUUUUAAAUACAAGAAGGACAAAAUCGGAUUAUUUGGACGUGUGCGCGGGACUUUUCGGCGUGGGAAGGCUCGUGGGACUCUUUGGGAAAGGGUGGGACCGCGUUUAGAUUUCCGUCACUUUUUUUUUUUGCCAAGUCUCCCGGAGUGUCUUUAGGUCGUCGGAGUCCCGAUGCUGGGCGACGGAGAGCCGCAGCGUGUUGCUACUACCGGAGUUACCACAAGUUAACACGAGACAAGAAGACGCUGUGCGCGGUUCUAGCUCGCUACCUAGGCUGUGUAUGGAUUUGACACCGACAGAGAUCUACCGGCCUCAUUUUUAAUAUAUUUUAAAAUUUUUAAUUCUAGUUAUAAUCCUUUAUAUUAAGGGGAAGUCAUCAAAAGAUACCUCGUCAUCACCCAGGGGCAUCUGGAGAACAUGCACAUUGAUCUCAAAAUCCAUUUCAGAUGAUGUGGAUCACAGGACAUCCUCUUAUGGUUUCAAUGUUCCUGGUUUCCUGCUAGAAGAAGAGUACUCGGAUAAAGUUGUUGAGAAACUUCAGUUUUGAUGUGCUGCUGUCUGGGAUCCUGCAAUGCCAUGAUGGAGUUGUGCUGCUCAUCAUGAGUCUCUGCCCCAGACCCUGGAUGGAGUUCCCUGUUGCACACUGAGAGACUGUGGAUUAAUAACCUCUAUACUUGACAUUUUUGAUCAACCGUGGUUCACGUCAGUUCACUUUUAGAGCUUUGCUAGUUUAUUUAACACGAUGACACGCUUGUGAGGCUUUUUUUUUUUCUCGAGCAUCCUUUAUUUAAAAGGUCUGGUCAGGGGUUGAUCAUACCCAUGUUGUGUUGUUUUUAUGCUGACGGAGUGUAUAAACACGUGUAGCACUGGUAUUGUUUAAAAAAAUACAAAAAAGGAAAAAAAAAGAAGACUCAAACCAGGAAGCCGGCGGAAAUGGCCGGAAACCACGACCACGCUGUUGUUGUGGAUGAUGAUGAUGAUGAUGAUAGCUUGUAUCCUAAAGAAAAACAGGAGCAUUUCCGUGGACCCCUCAGUGGUGCCUCGUCUUCCUCCAACGUCCGUUCGUCACCCUUUUUCGAGACCAUGGGCGGUUUUCUGUACCGUAAGAAGUUGGAAAAGGGUUUCGUGCAGUACCGAGAGGUGCUGGAUGAAGACAAGAGGCUCCACUCCAUCCUGGCUUUCCACACAAGGACGCCUGGGAGCCCUCACCACACCCUGGAGGACACGUACCGGCUAGUGGCAGAGCACUACUGGUGGGAAGGAAUGUACUUUCAGGUCAGAGACUUUGUUCUGGGUUGUGAGGAAUGCCAUUUAAAGCAGACUGAAAAAGCAAAGUGCUCAAACAUGAGGAGCAUGUCUAAGAUAGUGAAGUCACACAGUCACGAAGUUUUGAGCAAGCUGAAUAGCCAACGAGAGGCUGGGCUGUUCUGUGACAUCACACUAAAAACUGGUAAUGGCCACUCGUUUGUUGCCCACAAGGCCGUGUUGGCAGCUGUGAGCGAGUAUUUCCAAGAACUCUUUAGUGAAAUGGACUUCACCACUGAACCUCAGCCACAUGUUGACCUCACAGAUUUCAGUGAGGAGAGCUUGCUGGCCUUGCUUGAGUUUUCCUAUACAUCAACGCUGACUCUGAACUUGGGCACACUGACCGAGGUAGCAGCAAUGGCUCGCCAUCUGCGCAUGUGGCCAGCCUUGGAGGCCUGUUCUGCUCUACAGAGUGAACAAGAGGUUGGACAGCAAUCCCCCAAACAGCUAAACGCCACAGAUGUGACCUCUGUCAUUCCUGGUUUUUCUUCCUCGAACACCUUAAGAAGCCAAAGCUCCUCCUCAGGAAGGACAACAGGGUUUAAAAGAAAAAGGGAAAAAGAACAAGAAGGAGCCUCAGGUCCAUCCUGGAACAGCACAUCACAGAGCAGAAUACAUAUAGUAGAAGGGACUGAUGAGUCGGACAAAGAAGGCAAUGAUCAAAUGAUACCUGCCCAGUGCCAAAGCCAGGCUCUUUCCAGUCUCCAGACAGAUGGCUUUCCUUGCAGCCCAACUCGCAGGAUGAAACUUAUGGACUUUAAAUCUCCAUCUAGCAAGAGAAAAUUGUCCCCUCGUCCCUUAUCAUCAGUCACCCCAACAUCUCCCUCUACUUCCACUCGAUCCUCCUCUCCAUCCCGUCGAUUGCUUCGCUCCACACCAGGAGCUGCAUUAGCCUUGCGUAGGCUUUUACCCAAAAUUGACCUCUCUACCAAGAGGAAGCGCAAGUCCUCCUCUUAUCAGCGCAUAUACAAGGUAAAGAGUGAUCUCUCAGGGGAACCGUCUCGGUCUCAGCCGAGUCCAGUCACCCCAGUGAAGGUAAAGCAGGAGACAGAAGAUGUAGAAGUUUGUAGUGCAAUACCACAGGACGAAGUGCACAGUCCUCGUGCUCAGGAGAAAUAUCGACUACUUAGUUUUCUUGGCUUGCAGAGGAAGUCCCUUGUACCUGGCCCCGAGGAGCUCUCAGGCUGGGGGCAAAAAAAGAGACUUAGGAAGCUGAAAGUAAGUGACUACUGUCUCACAGCUCGAAGAAAACCCCGUGCACAAAGUCUUGGGGGAAUUACUUCUGGUCUGGGAGGUUUAAUGGGAGUCAGCUCAUCGAUGUCCCUCUGUGAUAUGACCAGAAUGGAUCUUAUGAAGAAAAUCAUAAAAGUAGAACCCCAGGUCACCAUGGACAAAAAGUUCAGAAGGAAAAAUGACACCGAUGGUCAAAUGGAGCUUUUAAAUGUUAGGACCACACGCAGCCAAACAAUGAAUGCAGACACCAGGGGAACUAAUAAUGAGCGUCUUUUAAGAAACCGUUCUGGAAGCCCAAGCAAACCGUUACCUCGUCCCCCAGGCAGAGAAAGGCUCGCGGUACAAGGAGCGAAUGCCCCUCCAAAGAAAGUCACAAAAAGGACAAAACCGGAACCCCAUGAGUAUGCUAUCUCACAAACCGCCCCCUCCCACAGUGGUAUCCGGCACAGCCUGGGAUCCAAAGUAGAUCCUUCUAAAGCCAGAGUAUCAGCUCCUAAAACAUGUCCACCAGUAGAUCGCUCACUUCGAAUCACUACCACAGAACCAAAGCGUAUGUUGCGCUACAACACUGGACGUUCAACCACAGACAAGCGCAAAACAACAAGACAAAACAAGUCAGUCCAGGAAAAGACCAAACUGAGAAGUGGAGCGUGUAAAGCAAACCUUGUCGGAGAGAACAAAAAGAACAUGGCACCCAGAAAAAGAACAGAAGACAAGGUCACGGAUCUAAAAGGUACACGAGGUUGGGAUUUUUCCAAUACAAACCACCAGCACUACAAUAAUCCUCUUUAUAGAGUGAUAAAAGAAGAGCCAGCAGACCCACUCCCCCUGACCCAGCCCUUUAUAAAUAGUGAGGCUUCCGACUUAGGGAAACGUCAAAGUAAACCACCAGUGAAACUCUUAGACCAAGGUUUUCUUUUCGGCCUUUGCCGACCAUCAGGUGGAAUCAAGAAGGAGGAGGAGAGUGUGGACAUCUGUUUGACUCGCUCCGUCUCCCACAGUAGUGCCUCCCAUAGCAACGCAUCACCUGGCAUUGUCAGAAGGGAUCGGAUUAGAGCACGGAUCACAUCAGAAGGAUCUGGGUUAAAUGGACCUCACUGGGCUGGGCUUGGCAACAGGUCAACAACUUCUUCUCAGAGGGUGCUUGUGCGAGUCAAGAAGGAAGAGGAAAAGAUCGAUGUGUCUGAGCAGUCAAAAGCUAACAGUAGCUUUAUACAGCUCAAAGACAGCAAAGGGAGCUGUAAGGUUAAAAGAGAGCCACCAAAGACAAAGAAUGUAAACAAGUUGUAUCCUGUGAGCAGUCGGCGCACCGUUAUGCUGGAAUCCAUCCGACGCGCUCGCUCUAAUCAGCAAAAAAGUCCUCGUGGUCAGUCCUCUGGUGGACCACAUGUCUGCCUGCAGUGUCGAGCGUCUUACAGAGACUGCGAUGGACUCAUCAUGCACCGAAUCAGGCACAUUGAAGGCAAACACUGGCCAUGUCCUUUGUGCAGUAAAACAUUCUUCAGACAGAAAAAUGUGAGAAACCACAUAAGGACGCAUAAUCCGAAACUCUACAAGUGCCGUCAGUGCAUCGCUUCCUCUUAAGGUGGAAACACUGGGUCAAGACGGUGAAGACGAAGACUGGCUUUUUAUUAAUAAUCAACUGUAAAUACCUGAAUGUGCUACAUGAGAAUGAAGUUCAGUCUAUAGAUGAAAUUAUGGUUAUUGGUAUUGUUUUUUUUUUUUUUUUUUUUUCUUCUUCAUACAAUAAUAGUCACUGUUAUUUAAAUAACAAAACUAAAGAUGUUUUACAGUUUAGAUAGAUGGGGAACUUGAACCAUUAAUGUUUCUCUCAGGGGAUGGAGUCUGGUGGUCAUGGCGAUAUUUGUAAAUGAGGAUUGUGUAGAAUGCUUUAAGAAGAUUACUACUAUUGUAAUUACUGCAAUUAUAAUAAUAUUAUUGUUAUUACAGGUAUUUUUAUAAAUAGUAUAAUCAUGAGUGCACUUAAAAAGGUAGCUUUGUUUCGAAACCUAAGAAUAUUUGUCGGGUGGUCAGGUGAGAGUUCUGGGAUCUACUUGAAUGCUGGCUGAGGUGGAGAGUUUGAUCUGCCCUUCGUUCACGGAAAUUUGAUCAUGACAAACUAGCAAAAGGAUAAGAGGGCGUUUAAUGGGCACUGAAUCAUUCUAUAUAUGAAUUGGGAUGGUUGAAAGAAACAAGAUUUAUUGCUAUUGCUAGUUGAAAUCUCUUCUUAUAUUUGCCAUCUUGAUCUUUGUUGACAGACAGAUUUCGUACCUCUGUUUUAAAAUAAGGGAAUCCCAACAGGUCGAAAUGUGACUUUUUACAAUGUCAGAUAUCUUUCCUGUAUAUUCUAUUCCUGUUUUGGAAAUUUGUUUUUAAUGAGGCAAUUGAAUACCUUCUCAGAUUGAGAGUUUUUUUUUUAAAUCCAAAGCUUCCAGGAUUUAAUGCAGUGAAGUUGUAUGAAGUUUUAAAUGUAGUGAUUUUAGUCUGAAACCACAGAUGUUUUAAAACUGUAAAAAAAAAAAAACAUUAUCAAGAUAAAUAAAUUUGAAUUUUACUCUGCA